AUGGCUUCCAAAUUCCUUCUUCUUGUUGUUAUUGGUGUUCUUGUUUCAACCUCCACUGCCAGGCAGCUCACUUCCACUGCUGCUUCUUUUAAAGAUGGCAAGACUUUUUACAGUGGCGGCCUUGGAGGCGGAGGUGGUGGUGGUGGAGGAUUUGGCGGUGGUGGUGGACUAGGAGGCGGUGCUGGCGGUGGUGCUGGGGGAGGUGCUGGUCUUGGUGGGGGUUCUGGAUUGGGUGGUGGUGGAGGAGGAGGGUUCGGUGGUGGAGGUGGAGCUGGCGGUGGAUUAGGAGGUGGAUCUGGAUUUGGUGGAGGAGCCGGUGCCGGUUUUGGAGGUGGGUCUGGGUUAGGUGGUGGCGCUGGGCUCGGUAGUGGCGGUGGACUUGGCGGGGGACUCGGCGGUCUCGGCGGUUUAGGCGGUUUAGGCGGUGGUUUGGGUGGUGGAUCCGGUGGAGGUUUGGGUGGUGGAAUUCCUUGA